ACGAUGCCAAAACCAAAGGAACUAUGAUGAGGAAACCGAAUGCCACACAUGCUUGUUGUUAAUGUUAAUGUGCCCAGCAAAAUUUCAAAACUGAACAAAUAAAUUUAGCCAAACCAGUGGGAAAUAUGCCAGAAGCGCUCAAGAUCCGACUUAGGAACUCAAGAGGAACGAUUGGAACCUAGGAGCCAUCGGAGCAAAUGUGAAACACAUGUGCGUACGUGCGUGUGUGGAGUUGCAGCUUCCAGUUUUCGUUAUUGUUCUUUUCUGGCAACGAAUUGAAAUUGAAUUAAGCACUCGCACAGACAAUAGGGGAAAUAAACGAAACAGCUGAGCAAUUCAAUUAACGAGAAAACGAAACGAACCCAGACCAUUCCAAGUUAAAGCAUUUAACACAAGCCUCAACGAAGACAACAGAGCUACAAGACAGGAGCUAGAUCGAUCUAUUCCAGAUCCUUAGCAAGUCCCAACCAAGAUUCUCGUCUACAAGAUGUCCUUGGCCGACAUGGGCACAGCAACGCGAUCCGCCGGCGGCGGAGGAGGCGGGCGUCACUAUGACCUGGCCACCGGCGGCGGCGGUGGAGGUCUGCCCGGCGGCCGUAUGACUCACUCACUCAGUACUCCAUCAGGAGUAGAUGGCACGCCUUCAACGCCCAGACACCGUGGCGGAAAGAAGCUGACCGUUCGUAUUCAGAUGCUAGACGAUUCUAUUACCAUGUUCCAAGUCCAGGCUAAAGCCCUGGGACGUGUCCUAUUCGAGCAAGUUUGUCGGCAGCUCAAUUUACUUGAGGCCGAUUACUUCGGCUUGGAAUACCAGGAGGUAUCCACACACACCAAAUACUGGCUGGAUCUAGAGAAGCCGAUGAAUCGCCAGGUGGGCCUCUCACUCAUCGAUCCAGUGCUGCGCUUUUGCAUUAAGUUUUAUACACCGGAUCCGGCCCAGCUGGAAGAGGAGUAUACAAGAUAUCUAUUUUGCCUGCAAAUCAAACGAGAUUUGGCCACUGGCAGUUUGCAGUGUAACGACAAUACGGCUGCACUGAUGGCCAGUUACAUUGUGCAGGCCUCUUGUGGUGACUUUGUGCCCGAGGAUUAUCCUGACCACACGUAUCUGUCGUCGUAUCGGUUUGUGCCACACCAGGAUGCCACCAUGCAGCGCAAGAUCAUGGAGAACCACAAGAAGCAUGUUGGCCAAUCACCGGCAGAGGCAGACCUUAACCUCUUGGAGACGGCACGACGGUGUGAGCUUUAUGGCAUGAAGAUGCACCCAGCCAAGGAUGUAGAGGGAGUGCCGCUGAAUCUAGCUGUUGCCCAUAUGGGCAUCACAGUCUUCCAAAACAUCACGCGUAUCAAUACCUUCUCCUGGGCCAAGAUACGCAAGAUUUCCUUCAAGCGCAAGCGCUUUCUGGUCAAACUGCAUCCCGAGGGCUACGGCUAUUACAAAGACACCGUAGAGUUCUUCUUCGAGGGUCGCAAUGAGUGCAAAAACUUCUGGAAGAAAUGCGUAGAGAACCAUGGAUUCUUUCGCUGCACGACCGUGCAAAAUACGCCGAGGCGCAAAACCCGUGUACUGUCGCGUGGCAGCUCAUUCCGCUAUAGCGGCAAAACGCAGAAGCAGAUUAUUGAGUUUGUCCGCGAGAAUUAUGUGAAACGUCAAAACUUCCAAAGGUCUCAGUCAUUCCGGCAAGGGCCACUGAAUGCUAGUAGCCGAAGUCAAUCGCAUACGUAUGUGAAUUCCAGCAUUUCAGCCAAUCCCCUACUCCCAAUUGACACUGCGGCAUGGGACUAUCGCAAUCAAUGCAGCGACUCGAUGACCCCUUCUCUGACGAAGAAGGCAGCGGAUACCUUGGAUCGCCGACGCGACAAUCCUAUCGACCACAUGCGUUCUCAAGUCACAGCAGCCCAGGUGGAGAUCUAUCAGACGAAGAACUAUGCAGCGGACUCGCCAACCUCCCAGGAGGAAGCGGCAUGCUCGGCGGCGGAACGGCAACACCACUCGGCAGUGGCUAUGGACCAAAUGAAUUCGAACCGCUCGCUUUCACCUCAGGGUCCGCAGUCGUGGACUUCGCCCAGCCACAGCAGCAGCCACCAACAGCGCGCUCCCGAUCAGGCUCGUGUGCAUCCAGGCGAUCACAAUUUAGGUCUGAGCCACUUGUCCCACUUGUACAGCAACAGCACCCCUCGUCGAGUCUCAGUGGGAUCCCAAGCGUAUGUCCCUGCGUCGCCGCAGCUCAUCAGCAUCAACACGCACAGCAGCAGCACCAACAACAACAACACUAUGCACAACACCAGCACAGUGGUUCGUUCGGUGGAUCUCAACAGCUCCAUGGAGUUGGAGGAGGAGGCGGAGGCGGAGGAGCCGGGACCUGCGGACACGGAGGAGGAGGGGGAGGCUAUGGGGGAGGAGGAGGAGGAGGAAUUAGUCGAGGAGGAAGCGGAUUCGGACUUGACGGCAUCUACCAUCAAUCGGGAGACUAUGGGGGCAGCCUCAGCGGCGGCAGCAUCGGUCUCGGCCUCGGCCUUGGCCAAUGCCCAUCGUCCGCAGCUUCGGUCACAGGAGUCCCAGUCGCAAACUGUCACCCCAGUCCAUUAUAGCAGUACCAGUUAUUCGAUGUCUAAGCAGUGCAUGCUAAAUAACGCCAAUGCCAACUCGACCGAAACGGAAACGGACAACAUAAUCUACACCGACAUCAACGACAUGGGCCACUACAAGUACCCGGACUUUCACAGCGCUGCCCACCAGGAGCACAAGAUAUCCAAUAGCGAACAUUUAAAUCUCAAUGACAGAAACGACAUAUAUGCCACGGUUAAUCGCAAGGCCAAGUCAAAAACCCGCGAGAAGCACUUCAGCGAUGAGUUCAUCGACCAGUCCAUACUUCAGUAUACGAGAGCUAAGCAAAUGGGACUUGGCCAUGUGCCUGCUCUCUUGCAGCAGCCCAGUACGUCAGCCUAUGCAGCUGCUGUCCAGGAACGGGCCUACAACAGCGGAAACUAUCAGUAUCAUAACGAUCUCAAUCACCCCUCAGAGUCCUCGUCUUCUUCGUACUUUGGCACUGGCUUCGGGACUAAGCGGUAUGGCCAAGGAGAGCGAACAAAGCUGGCUCAAUCGGAGAAUUACCUGACGCCGUCGAUGGACUCACAGAGUUCCCGACACACCCAUUCACUUCCCCGCAACUCGGAACUAUCUGGAGUGGAUUCAGUGGACUCAUACGACAGCCAUUACAUUACGCACCAUUCGGUGGGUAAUCUACCGCCCACGCGCCUAUCUUCAUCUACGGAAAAACUUGAGUACCAGAUGGCCACCUCGGGCAAUCUCUAUUCUACGACUCAGUUUGUGAAACCCGAACAAGCAGCAGCUCACUACAUGGAUGAUGAGGAGGAGGACGAGGAAGAAGACGGUGAGAAUAUCUACGACCAGGUUGAACGGGAAUCCUGGCUAAAGAGCAGCUCUUGCAAAGACCUAUUCGAGCGGUACAGCAGCACUUACUACGAUCGGGAGCUACCUAAACCGAUGACGGCCUUUGACAAGGAAUUUUUAUCCUCCAACCGUAUCGAUUCUCCGGUAACUCGUUACGAUGAUUCACGCCAUUCGUUGUAUGUGACAAAGAACCACUCGAUCGAUGCCAACCAGGAUUUCUCCCCAUUGCCGCAAAGCAAGGUGUACUCAUCCAGUUACCCAGGGAGCACGUACAACACCCAAGAGCACAGGCGUCAUCAUGGCCAGCACCUGGACUACUCGGGUUCACAAGAUGACAUCUCGCAGGACAGCUACGAACUCCUGGAGAAGUAUGACAUUGACUUCUUUGGGGGACGAGGUCGCUCCGAGGAUCACCUACGCUCCUGCUCGCUAGACUCGGGCAACUACAUACCCAGCGAUGACGAGUCAGUGUCGGAGGGUCAUCAGCAGAAGUAUCGAUCGGCCAUCGACGUCAAGUCGAAGUCGGCGGCAGACAUCAUGAACGAAAUCUGGGACGCAGAGGAUCCGCGGUAUUUGCCACGCGAGAAACUGUCGGUCAAGUCGGACGGCAACUUUUACAAGAAGAUUCAGGAGGCCCUAACACGCACCUCAAGCCAAGAAAGCCAAAGUGAGCUCUUCGAAACAAAGAUCUCGCGCAGCUCCGACUCUAGCAAAAAGUCACGCGACAGUCUGUACCACACGGACAGCAAGAAAUCGAGAGAGACAACCAAGAGCAAGACAUCGGUGGCCUCUAGUCAGGACUCAAAAGAGUCGCUUGUCGGUGAUUGCUUCGGACGCAACUACGAGAUGCCUACAACCACCGGCAAGAAGGUCAAACAGUUUACCAAAAAGGAGCUCUACGAAAAAUUUGCCCAAUCCAGUCAAGAUUCAAAGAGCGAUUAUUACGAUGCAGUCGAGACAGGCGUUGAGCCACCCCCAGAGGGCCUGUACUCCCGGCCGAAGGUAAAGAGCCACGAUUGCUUGCUUUCGGACACUCAUAGCUCCACUGCAAAUAGUUCAUUCUACGACAGUCGGGACACAUACUCCACGUUCCCCAGUAACAAGAACCACAAGACCUCGAAGGUGCAUUCGAUUAGUUUGCAAAAUGUGGAGAUCGAGCGGAAUGCCAAGUCCUUCGGCAGUAAGUCGCCCGAGUCCGUUUCGACACCAGCUUCCGGAAAACGAUGUCGGGAGAAGGAUAUCCAAACCGGAGACUCCCUAGACCAGAUGGCUCCCAUGAAACGGGGUAAUUCCCAGUCCUGCAAGAUUUCGGCCUUCCGUCGACGGUCGGACAGCGAAAAUAUUUUCAGUUUCGACCAAGAUCGCAUAGAGUGCAUCCAAAAGUACACAAAGCAAUGGGAGGGCCAACAGCCCAAGGACGAGAAGAGUAAGCAGAGUCCUGAGUAUCCACUAACUCCAGAGCUUGUGUCCGAGUUUGAAAAGCAACAGGCACGGCUAAUGGCUCAUCAGAAAAUUACACGAAAAGAAGAACUAAUGGCCAAGACACACUUUGAGGAGUACAAUCCAAUAAUGGUGCCUAUGAAUUACACUUCUCAUGCUACGGUGGAGCGCACUAAGAGCGAUCCCAAUUCCCUGGCUAAUCGCUCUCGUUUGGGCAGUAAUUCUCGGCGUCAUGUCCUUAUGCACCAGAAGUCCAUUGAUCUAACCCCCGCUGACUCGAACUCCAGUGACGAGGACUACAUCUACAAGCAAAUACCAAGUGCUCCGCCACUUUGUAAGGCACAUGGUAACUUUGAGAUUCCGAAAUGCUACGACGGAACUCCUGCUCCGCAAGCCGCUCAAGAGUUGCCAAAGACUGGCUUUGAACUUCCAAAGAGCUUCUUUAGGGAUUACGAAAGGCGGUUCACAAAAGUCCUAAAGGAGGACAUUCCAUACGUCCUUCAUAAACGCCACAUAAUGAACGGUACAGCACCCUCGCCCAGUGAGAAAAAGCAUACUAAACCAAAGUCACCAAAGUCUCCAAAGUCACCAAAAUCACCGAAAUCUCCCAAAUCGCCAAAGUCGCCAAAAGCUAGUGGAGGACUGCCUGGAGUUGGGGCUGCCGACUUUCUUCCUGACAUUCUUGAUAGCCUUUUGCCUGUGGAGACGAAGGAGUUCCUUUUCACCCAAAACAUUGACCUCUCCAAAGUGGACCCUAUAACACUUGAAAUCGACAAGACCAUACCUACAAUUCAGCUUUCCUCGCCGAAGCGGGACAUUACCAAACAGAUGGAUGCCUCAACUCUGGAAAAGCUAAACAAAAAACUCAGCCAAAUAGAGAGCGAUUCGGCCACUAGUUCGCGGACGGAGAGCAUGCAGCAGCAGAAGCUGGAGCAGAAGCAGAUGGAGCUUAUCCAGAGUCUUCGCAAAGAGCUGCAGGCCAAUGCCCGAAAAGCCAAUAAGCCGCGAGUUAUUCCCAAAACUAAGUCUGCUGGAAAAUCAAAGAAGGGCAAAACCAGGAUCACCUCAUUCUCUUCUGAUGACGAGAGCCUCGACUCAGACGACGUAUUUGGUUCAGCAGAGGCUAUACCUGAUCGUCUCGAGUUCUCACCACCGCAGUCUCGCAAGGAGAUCGAGUCGAUCCUUAGGAUUGAGCAGAGUCGCCUCAUCUCAGCUGCCUGGGGUCGUGGUCAAACAAUGAGCUCUACAGAGAUUGAGGGAUCUCCCCCUCAAUGCAGACGUCUGGCGGAUCUGGAAAGUCGCUAUCAUACCCAAAAGUUGGACCCACAGUAUGCAAAUGCCACUGAACUAAGACGAAUCUCAGAGCGAUCCAUUUCGAUACCCUCGUCGGAGGAUGAACCACAUGUGCCCAUGCGUGGACGCAUGGACGAGUGUACGAAUGACUAUCAGCGAAAUGAGAACAUACCCUCGCCGAUUUUAGAGCACGCCGAGUUCUUCCGUAGCAACGAUGAUAUUUACGAGACUUGUCAUGAAGAGAGAAUUACUGGCUCUGAUAUUGAUUAUACUCUGAAAAAGCAGACCGCCAGCGGUGCCAAGUCAAAGGUGAAGCUGAUUGAGGAGAUCAUCGACUCUUCAAUAGUAAUGCGUUCAAAGGGACAUGCUCCGAUUCUAUUCGCUCAUGCCCGUCUUAAUCUCUCUGAAGGCUCAGUGUCAUUGCAGCGGCAGAAGGCAACUCAGCAACAGUCGCCAACCACAGAGAGACGAACCAAAAGCCUGGACACCCCAGUAAUAUCGCUGCACCGAUUGCCACCCAUGAACGCUUUCUCCUCCAAGGACGACACCGUCGGCUUCGAGGAAGAAGCCGAGAUUCUUGAGGAAAAAUCACUGGAGCGGGCCAAUCAAGCUGCUGCUCAGGAUGAUGAUACGGCCGAUAGCAUUCACUCCUGCGCAGGCUCUAUUCCCACUCAGAGCAGUUAUCAAACCAAUGGAAAGGAUUCACUGCUAAGUGCGAUAACUAUCGAUAGCGAAGAGGCACAGCUGCUUAACCAAUUGCGUUACAUUGAGAAGAUCGCCCUGCAGGGUGUCAAGAUCAAGGACAAGAAAAAGUCAAAGAUGAAGCUAAGAAGUGGUGAUCAUCUCAUUCUCAACAUACCAAAGUAUCGGUUCACCGAUUGGUCCCCAUAUAGCUCAGCCAACAGUUCCCGUAAAACUUCUCCGGGUGUCUCAAGAGCCAGCAGCAUUGAGAGCACGGGUAAAGGAAAACUUAAAACAUCGGAGCCUUACAAGGGAAAAUCCCUGUCCAGGAGUCGUCCGGAGUCGCGACGCACCAGCGCUGAUGAUAUAAAAGCCCGGGAUGGACGCGGCAGCAAAAAGUCGAGUCCAAAGGAACGUCCCAGGUCUAUUGAAAUGCGCCGCUUAAGCAAGGACAAGAGUAAAUCCCAAGAAGAGACAGAGGCAGAUAUUGCCAAGCGCAAGGAACGCCAACAGAAGCUGUACGAAUCUGCAAUGAAGCAGACCAUCACCAUGUUGAGUCCUGUAAAGGACACAAUGCCAGCUUUCCCUGCUCCCGAGGACAAAAUACUAGUAAAAACCGACGGCGACAAGAUAAUCAUUGAAACAGAGUUUAAAUCAAAGGCCGAGGAUCAUGUGCUAAUUGCUAAAAGUCCAAGAAAGCUGGACAAUUCAUUAGUGAAAUUUAGCCGUAGCUUUGACGAAGGUCGCAGCCCUGAUAAAUUGGACAAAGCGAACCGCAGCUUCGAAGAUCGCAAUAAAUCCUUUGAGGACUCCGAGAAGUCGGACGUUCCAGAGGAUAUGCUCAUUAAAUCACCAAAGAAGAUCGCCAAGGCACAGGAGAUGAAGCAGAAGAUCGAGGGAAGCGUCGUCCACAAGAAAAUCGAUGGAAAGUCAAGUAGUCUGGAGAGGCCAGCCGAACAUCACUAUCUCGGUCCAGAUGUCAAGGCACGGAGCCUCGAUGAUAAAAGGCAAGCGUCAGAGGCUGCUAAAAAGAGUGAGGAUAAGCCAGCACCAGUGGCCAGAAGUGCUAUUGGUGAUCGCCGUAUGUUUGCCCACCAAUAUCAGGUCCCAGAGCCUCUCCAGGAGGAUAUCGACAUGCAGGCGGUGAUCUCGGAGCGUCGCUCCCUGGAGAUUCUCAAGCGUUCUUUACCCUCUGAAGAUGCCAGGGACAGUGAAGGUGCAUUUAGCCGAAAGCCGUCCACUGCCGAAAGUCUCGAUUCUUUUGUCUCUGCCGACGAUAGUCAUUCGCCGGCCAGCAAGUCUCCUAUCCCAGGAACUGGAGCUGGAGCCGAGGGCUAUCCACAUAGGGUGCCGACCAUCGAGUGUGAGGAGCCAUCUAUCGAGGAGGACGACAAUUCAUUGGAGAGGCGACAUCUAAGGGUUGGAAGGCCAGAUACAAAUCGAUUAAGCCUGGAUCGCAGCCGCAGCGAUGAAACGGGCUCCUGGAUUACCGUGGAAUGUGACGAGUUCAUUGGUUCGGAUACCUCCGAUAAUGAACCGCGUACUCUGGAGCCAGAUCGUAAUGUCCUGGAGACGCAGGCCACUUUAGAGGAUGCCAAUCCACUAGAGUACUCUAACUGUGCCACUCCUACCUCUGAACUGAAUAUAUUGGUGACACCACCCAACGCGAGUCCGCAAAUUGAGAAAUCUGUGCUGGAAACCUUCGAAAAGUACACCGGAUCCUCGGACAGCAGCAAGAAAAAACAUAGUCUUGACAAGCAAAGUGAUCGUUCCAAGAGCUCCGAUUCGUGGACCAGCGGAGAAAAGGAUACAAGCCCGCAAAGACAACAAGACUGGAGCCUCUCCGUGGGCAAGGAGAAGAGCUCAAUGGAGGAGGAGUCCAGCGUGAGCUGCUCUAUUGCCAGGCCCUUGGGAAUUUCUCAGGACUUUGGCAAUGAGGAGGCUAGAAAGUGUCAGGAACUGAAGCAGCGGAUGCUGCAAUUGGACGUAAGCAAAGAUGACAUCACACCCACGGGAUCCAAUGAACAGACGCCAACUAAUGAGCCAAAAGUUUUAAUGGGAAAAAAGCCCAGCACACCGACCCUCGAGAAGCAGAGCCCAAUUGACCUUGGAACCAGCACUGAAUCAUAUCUGGAUCCGAUCGAGGAACGCAUUGCUAAGAUCUUAGAUCGGGGCGGAGCGCGGACCGAGGAUAGCGAGUCCAGCUCGGGUGGGUCUCGAAAACCCCCGAGGAUUGAGAAACCAGCAAGGGCCAAUACAGGAAAGAAACUGUCGGUAACUCGAGCGGAGCCGGGCAAAUCUGGCAGUGAUCGCAGCUCACAGGAGUCAAAGUCUAGUUUCGACUCCAAGGGAUCUCUGAGCGUCGAAUCGCGAGGUUCCUUCGAGACGGAAAGUAGCUCUGGCUCAUUGGGAGCGGCUCAGAGGCGUGGCCCAGGUGAUCUGGCCCAGAAGGAGCAGCAAAGCACCUGGCGUCCGUUUCCCAUCGAAAGUUCCAACAGCUCCAGCACAGAUGACCCAUGGCACCAUGUAGAAACGGAUGGUGGGUACGAAAGGUACGAUGCCCAGAAUCCUCUGCGCGACUCCUCUGACAGCGAUGUAAAGGAGGUCUCCCCAGAUGAGCAAAAGGACGCCAGCGAUGCCAGCUACCAAGAUGAGCUUAAUGAUUUCCCAGCUACUUUCGGUUACCCAGCAAUGACUAGUAGUCUUGGCGGGAUCGGAGUGAAUCCCACGGACAUUAUUGGCUACACCACUGGCUUCACCUUAGGCCGAACCCUCUCAAGAAUCUCGGAGCGCAGCACUGCCUCCGAAAAGUCCAGCAUGGAGGACGAUGUGAGCAAGGCCUCCACGCAUUCGGUUAGCAUGCGCGACGAAUCUGUGGGCUCCACUGACCACCAGCCCAGCCUCAGUUCUGAUUCCCGAAGCAAUACUAACUUGGCCUAUAUUUCCGAUGCAGAUCGGCGCACCUCGGCCGAAAUGCCGGAGAUUCCAUGUGACUCGGCCACCGGCGAUCGUCUUUCUAGCUUGGGGAGUCUAAACGAACCGAAAUCACCAACCUUAGUCACAGGACGCUUCUCGGUGACCCAUGUCGAUGAACUUCAGGCGGACGAUGUGGAUCGGCACACCCUUAUGUGUCUGUCGAAUGCGGGAAGCCAGGACUCGGAGGACUGGCCACUCCCAGAAAUUCCCUUCGAUCAUGUACCAGUGAAGCCAGCCGACUCGAUGUACGGUAUGCCGGAUUUAGACAAGCCUGUGCCCAAGUCCUUCUGUUGGAAGGCAAGCUUGUCCUUUCAGCAGUCGCAGGACUCGAUAGAUUGGCCAUCGCCGCCUUCCAGUGCUGUCGGAGCUCCCAUCAUUGUGGAGAGUAUUGAGACCUACUAUGCAAAUGAAGCCCAAAGUGCUGAUAAGGUGGUUUUAGACGAGGAAACUUCAGUUGGGCCGCCGGAAGUUGCCAAAGUACUGCCUUACGAGGACACCGCCUAUCUCAUGUCGGCGGCAUUCGAUGACAAUGACUUUGGCAGCGAGCAACUGCAGCCGGAUACAGUUAGCUGCCUUAGUUCCACCUUGAGUGCGGCCUCCUGUCUCUCAUCAUCUCUCAACGUGAGCUGCACCACCUCAUCCACACAGGCCACCGCUAGGGUUCAGCGGAAGAACUCGAGCUCGGAAGUUAUUGUUGCCCAGCCCACAAGAUCGCCAGCUCCUAGAAGUCCCCUAUCAGAGGAUGAACUGUUCUCCAGCGAUGACGUCUUUAUGCCAGGCACUAUUAAAGUACAACUGUCCCCGGAUGCGCAGCUAAGAAAGCUAUCGAGGGGCUCCAACAACUCGGACACUUCCAUUGAUGAUAUCUUGUCGGGCAGCACCACAUAUUUGGAGGAUCAAACAACCGUCCGGAGGAAUUACGAGGCGCGUUUAAGUAGCGGAGGCGGCGGAGCAAGCUGCAAAAAGUGCAGUCACUCCAGUCACUCCGAGGAGGAAACCAGUUCCCUUGGCACUGAUCUUGACGGCACAGUAAGGAUGGGUGGACUGCAGCAAAAGAAGUGCACUCAUAGCUCCCACUCUGAAGACACCUCCAUAGGGCUUAGCAUUUCGGAAUGGUCAACAGGUACCAACACCGUUCGCCAAUAUGCAAAUCUGUCCGGAUCAGACAGCCUUUCCGCCGUGUCUACUCAUUCCUGUGCCAAAAGCGAGAAGUCCAAUCAAACGAAAUCGAGCAUAAGUUCGAUCAAUAAAUCGGCGGAGAGCUUGAACGAGCAAAGCGGGGGAAGUAGCUUCUCCCACAAAUUUAGUGGAGACAAUGGUUCCUCAGAUGGGCUACGUUAUGACAUUCUAUCCAACUCGGAAACAGACAAGCUAAGUGAACCCACCUCGGCCACUCGAAGCGAUGACACUACUUUAACCCUCACCGAAAUGGCUCAUACGAUUAGCGAGUGGUCCACUUCCAGCAGUCGCACCCUGGUCGGUGUUACCCCCGGCGAGUAUCAUCCUCUAAAGCAGACACGUGUGGGAAGCAAAGCUAGUCUGAGCUCUCCCAGCGAGGAGAAGCGCUGCUCCCUGCCACAGGUCCAUCGUAGAAGCGGCAGCAACGGCAAUCAGGCAAGAAACGGCCAAGAGCCCAUGGAUACCCCAAUGGGUCCAGAGACCAGUGCAGCUGCGCGCAAGCGUCGUUCUUUGGAAAUGAUGUCCAAGCUGUACCAAAGCCAGGAGAUUUGCUCAGAGUCGGAGUCGCCGUUCGUCGAGCGUUUGUAUGCGCACACCGAGAAGCUGACUGAGCGCUACCAGAGUCAAGAGUUUGUACCGCUCCAUGGAGGGGCUCCAUCAAUGCAGGUCCCGCCGCCCACCUCCAGUCAGAUACAAACCCAGCAGCCGCAGCUGGUGCGCCAGAAGCCAAGAGCACCACAACCGCCCACAGCCCCAAAGCCAGCGGUUACGCGACCCAUCAUGCAGGCCUUGCUCAACAAGAUGAAGCAACCUGGACUGGCCGAACAAGCGGCUGCAGCUGCCGAAGCUGAAGAGGAUGCAAAGGCCAAGAAAGCGCCUCCACCAGUAGCAGUUGCGAAACCUCCUCCACCACCUGUGCCCACUGUCCCGCCAAUUGUGACGCCAAGCGAUUUGCCCGGCGAUGUUGUCGCUCCACCACCCAAGCCGCUCGCUAAGCACCACAGUUAUGAUGACAGGACCAUGUCCAAGACCCAGAUCCGCGAGUUUAAGACCACCAGCAAGCAGCUCCGUCAGUCGAGCUCCUUCCACGAACACAUGCUCAGCAAGUCACAGCAAUCAUCACAGGAGCUGCCCAUGCGGAUUGACGAGGAGCGAGAUGCCCACUCCACGUCCUCGGCCACCAACACGACCACCACUACCAACACGCUGAACAGCGAGAGUACGGGACCGAAUUCCCCACAAAUGCCGCAGCGGGCGGAUAAGUUGAUUCGGUGUUCACCUUACUACUCAAGCAGCCUAAGUUCCGAGUCGCCACCCAAUCAGUUGGUGCAGAAGCCGCCAAGGAAAACGGCUAGCCAACUGAGUGCCGGAGCCAUGGCCACCUCGUUGAAGAGCCCGCCCAGCGGCAAUGAUACCGAUAGCUCACUGGAUGUCCGUGGUCAGGAGGCUAAGAUGAGGAGUAGGGGCUAUCGCAAGAAGCGUCAGUUGCCCGCCAAGAGGAUGAGGGCUAACAUGACAGCUGCUGCUCUUUUAGAACAAGCGGAAAGCUCAGAGUGCUCAGAGGGAUAUCUACCGGAGGUGGAUUCGGGGAGUUCCGAGUACUCGUCCUGCCAGCGGGACGAUCAGUACCUUGAGUUCGACGAGGAGCUGGAGAGGGAACAUGAACAAACCGACGAGUACGAUGACUAUCCUCAGUAUGGGGGAAAGUUCGAAAGUUUGGAUAUGAGCGACAAUGUAGACGAGAUGGGAUUUCCGCGAUACGACCGCUUGGGUCACAUCACCAAGCCCAUGUACCAUCAAUCUGUAGUAACGGAGCGUCCUAGUGCGGUGCAGGUUCCAGCUGCUGCUAAUCAUCCCAUGCCUCCGGCCACGGGCCAGCCGGUGAAGCCAGCACGCACCAAAAAAAGGCAACUCAAACGAGAAGAUUCCAUGGCGGCGGGCACUUUAGGGUGUUCAUCAGCAGCGCCAACGGUUCAGCCGUACCACGGACGAAGCUAUUGCAAUCCGGAGGAGAGCGAAUACGAGACCCGCGGCGGUGGUCUGUCCGAUGAACUGGCAAACUCUAGUGAGGAUAGCUGCAGUGGAUUCGGUGGCGGAGGAGCGGGUGCAGCCGGGUCUGGAACUAUACGAAGGGGAGUAGUGCCCAGAGGAGCAGGGCAGGAUCCAGAGCCAGCAGCAGGAGCCCAAGUGCGGAAAGAGCUACCCUAUCCAGACUUUCUCUCCGACUACGAAACCGAACCCAUUGAGUAUGAGCGGUAUGCCUGCGGAUUAGAUAUUCGUGUCGAUCCGCCACCCAAGUUUCACGAUUCGGAUGAAUUAAGUGACCAGUAGACCAGUGGGGACUAUUAGGGAAAAUGAAUGGAAACCCCCUUGCAUGUGCUUAUCGAAUGCAGCCUUUUGAUUUGUUCCGUUGCCUUGGAAACGUUUUUAGAACAAUUCUACCAUUUUUACACGCGAUCCAAGUACUUAUAACCUUAUAACUUAUUUGUAAUUGAGACUGAUUUACGACAAGCAAAAAACCAAAAGUAUAAAACCCAAGAAUCUUAGAAGCUGCAUAACUAAUGACAAUUUAGACAAUUAUAACUCUCUCCUUGAAGCGUUCGAAAAUCAAAUCAAAUUCAAAUAAAACAUUUUAAUCAAACAUUACCAAACAUAACAAAUCAAAUAAGAAAAAUACCAUAAAUAAUCGACGUGGUGGUAGGUCGGUGUAGAUUGUGUUGCCUAUAAGCGGUAUCUACGUAUAUGACAAUGUUAUAGAUCAAUUCAACAUUUAAAUAUAUAUAUGGGAUAUAUUGAGCGGAAACGUUAAAAGAGUUGAACAAAUUUUAAUGCACUGUUUAAUCAUCGAAUAAUGGAAUACCAGAUACAAGAAUAAAACUGUUUAAUUGUUAUUUAGCUAAUACAACACGAAUCGACACACGAUAGUUAAGAAAACAGUUAUUAAAUGAAUUAUAUUACAUUAUACAACUCAUUCAAGUUGCCAAGCACUCUGCGCGCAAUUACGUUCAGUGUCAGUAUUGGUUGCGCAGGUCUAUUAAUCCUAUCCAGCUGAGUUCCAAUCCAAGUGUCAAAGCCAGGCAUGCCUACGUAGACUUAAGUACGAAAUCGACCCUCUAAGUCUAGUAAUCUCAGUAAUCUGGUAAUAAUUGACAAAUCAGCCAAAAUGCUUUCAAGCACUAACCUAAGGAGGACCAUUGGGUAGGGAUUGAAUAGUUAUCCAGAAAUCAUUGGGAGUUCCUUACGAACGAUCCUCUAGUUCCAUUUUACCCCCGCAUGUGUAUUCCUCCACCAGAACUCGGCAUUAUCACAGUAUAAUAAAAGCAUUUACUCAAUGGCGGUGUUUUCUAGUCAUGUAUAUUUUAUACAGUUCUUGAGCUCCGUAAGAUUUUAAUUUAUAUGUGCAAGUUAGCAAACUAACUAUAACUUACGAUUCUCACAAGCGCAAACAAGUGUUAGUCAUUAGUUCUAGUACAUAAAUGUGCCAAAUCCGAGAUCCGGUAAUGGAAAGCCCUAUGCCAAGAGUAUUAUCUAUAUAUAUGAAAUUGUAAGAAGAGGCGUUUGCAAAAGGAAUUAAUAAUUACCCUGUUAAGUUUAAAACCCCAUUGGGAACCUAGAAUUGUAUGGAAUAGAUUGAUGUAUGUUUGAUCUUUAAGUUUACAAUACGUGGAAAAGAGAUAUUUAAGUGUUGUUAGGGAAGAUGGGUCGCAGGAGCUUGGGGUACGGCAAAAUAAGGAUCGUAAAGCGUACAAAAAUUUCACUAAUUUAAUCCAGAUCAAAAAUAUUCAAAUCAAAAUAUCUAUUUGUGUUUAGCUAAUAGUGUAAUUGAGAAUUGGUUGUUGCGAACAAGGCUUGCUUCUUGCUUCUCCUUUUAUAUUCGGAGUAAGUCGAACCUGGUUUUAGUUAGGGAGCAAACGAUUUUAAUGUGGGAAUUAUGUAUAAUUCCGACAGACAUUUUAAAACAAGUUUUAGGUUGCCAAAGCGGAAAUGUAUAUUUAUGUAGGUUAAAUUAUUUUGAUUGGACAAUUCCUUCGAGUGCAAACCUAUAGUUCAUUUCAAACUAAAAUUGUAUUUACCUAGAGAAAGACACGAAACACACAAGAUACUAGCUGAAUUUUAAGAAAUUAGAGAAACAAAAGUUUGCUUUGUAUCACAGAAUAUAAAUUGAACAUAAAACACACAAAAUUAAGAACACAGAAAGAAAAAAGGAACAGAAUCAAUGAGGUGGAAUGGGAGUCUUAUAACGAAUGAUAUGUACACGAGCAAUCGAUUUAACAAGCAUUAAAUUAUAAUUAUAUAGAAACGAAUCUAAAUAAAUAAAACUUCAUUAAUCAAAUAUA